AUGCGCCUGGAGUCGUUAACUUUUAUUGAUGCGGAACUUCCGCUCGGUAAUGACCUUCAAAUGAAACUUAUAGCAAAACAUGUAGCCACACAGUUACGGCCGAACUGGAAUUCUAAUAAAAUAUCUUUUGAAACUUUUACCGCUGGUAUUACCAAUAAAGUUUUUUGCGUAAUCCAUAAAUCUAACGAGGGAUCUUCCAAAGAAGAACGCAUGAUUUUUCGAGUUUAUGGAAAAAACACCGAUAAAAUUAUUGAUCGAGAAGCAGAGCUGAAGAAUUGGUUACGGCUUGCUGCAGUCGGCUGUGCCGCUCCGCUAUAUGGAACUUUCAACAACGGUCUUGUUUGCGGAUAUUUGCCUGGCAAGUCGCUAAAAGUGGAAGCCCUACGUGAUUCUGAUAUUUAUCCGAGGAUAUGUAAAGCAAUGUCAAGAAUUCAUCGAAUACGUCCAAAUGCUCCUGAAAUGCCGUCAUUUUAUAAGCAAACUGAAAAAUUUAUCAAAAAUUUCUCAACUAAGUUCUCAAAUGAAGAUAUGCAAAGAAGAUUUGAUAUCUUCGCUGCAAACUGUAAUGUUUCGUUAAUCAAUGAUUAUUCCAAACUGAAGGAACUGAUAAGUGUUAUGAACAGCGACAUCGUGUUUUGCCAUAAUGACCUACUUGUUCACAACAUCGUGUACUGCGAAAAUACAGGUAAGCUCACAUUUAUCGACUAUGAGUAUGCUGACUUCAACUAUCGAUGUUUCGAUAUCGCAAAUCAUUUUAACGAAUACGCCGGUGUUGAAGAUGUUGAUUACAGCCUUUGCCCAACUGAUGAUGAAAAACGCCAGUGGAUCGAAAAGUAUCUGGAGUACUAUUUAAGGCGGAAACCUCUAGCAGACGAGGUAGACAAAAUGCUCCAACAAAUACCGCUUUUUGAGGCUGCUUCUCAUUUCCUUUGGGCUGUCUGGGCUCUCGUUCAGUCGCAAAUAUCAACGAUAGAUUUCGACUAUUUGGGGUUUGUUUACCAGUUUUUCUACCAGUUUGAGAUACUAACUCUUGGCUGCUUUACUACUGGUAAUAUAACAUUCCUCGCUGUCUUCUACAUCUCUUGA